GUCCGCUCACACAGCUGACUGACUGCCUGACUGACUGACUGACUGACGGGACGCCAGCACAACGACACACACCCGGAAAACACCCGCCGUUCAGCAUGGAGCGAAAAGUGGCGAAGGAAUUUCGGCAUAAGGUGGAGCUGCUAAUUGAUAAUGAAGCGGAGAAGGACUAUCUCUAUGAUGUUCUCCGCAUGUACCACCAAUCCAUGGACAUUCCUGUCCUGGUCGGCGACCUGAAGCUGGUGAUAAAUGAGCCCAAACGCCUUCCGCUGUUUGAUGCCAUCAGACCUCUGAUUCCUCUGAAGCACCAGGUGCAGUACGACCAGCUCACGCCCAAGAGAUCCAGGAAGUUGAAGGAAGUCCGUCUGGAUCGCACACAUCCUGAGGGUCUGGGUUUGAAUGUUCGAGGUGGGCUGGAGUUCGGCUGUGGCCUCUUCAUAUCACAGAUAGUCAAAGAUGGACAGGCAGGAAAUGUCGGCCUACAGGUUGGCGAUGAGAUUGUGCGUAUUAAUGGCUACUCCAUCUCCUCCUGCAUUCAUGAGGAGGUCAUCAACCUCAUCAAGACCAAGAAGACUGUGUCUCUGAAAGUCCGCCAUGUGGGAAUGAUUCCUGUCAAGAGCUCCUCCGAAGACCCUCUGAAGUGGCAGUUUGUGGAUCAGUUUGUUUCUGAAUCCGGGGAGAAGAAGACUAGUGUGGCUGGUCUGACUUCGAUUGGAGGAAAAGAAAUCAAGGAAAAGAAAGUAUUCCUUAGUUUGGUGGGCACCAAAGGCAUGGGAAUCAGCAUAUCGAGUGGACCAACACAGAAACCAGGCAUCUAUGUGAGCAAUGUGAAGCCGGGUUCAGUCUCAUCUGAAGUGGGAUUACAGGUUAGCGACCAGAUUGUGGAGGUCAAUGGGGUGGAUUUCACCAACCUGAGUCAUCAAGAAGCAGUGCGAGUGUUAAAGAGCAGCAGGAGUCUAACCAUCACUAUCCUCACUGGAGCUGGAAGCGAGCUGUUUAUGACGGAUGAGGAGCGGCUGGCGGUUGAAGCACGACGUGAGCUCGAAAGACAAGAGCUAAUGCAUCAGAAGAGAGUGGCAUUAGAGACCAACAAAAUCAUCAAAGAACAGCAGGGGAAAGAGCGCCAGAGGAAGAUGGAGAUAUCGCAGAAGACUGCAGAUGAAGAGGAACGCCAUCACAAAGAGAUGGAGAGAAUUGCAGCCGCGGAAAGGAAGCACUACAAAGACUGGGAAGAAGAUUGGGGUUCCAAAGAAAAAUCCAAAUCUCUUUCCCCCUCCCCACCUCCCUCACCCCCACCACCUGCACCUUCACCUUCACCUAAACCCAAAACCUCCAGUAAGUUGACAAUACCAACAAAACCUCUCCAGUGCAUGAACUUUGAUUGCCCUCAAUCUGCUGAGUCCUAUGAAGAAGAGAAUGGAGAAGUAACGUUCGGUUGGUUCUACCGUUACGAAGGAAAGUUGCCUACACUCAAAAAGAAAGGAAAAGAGACCAAAAAGAAGAAGAAGAUGUCGAAGACUGACACUCUCCCAGCUGAGAAAAAGAACAAGAAAGAGAUGGAGUUUGAGCUGAAACUUGCAAAGGAGAAGGAAGAGAUACUUGAGCGAGAGAAGCAGAUGAAAAUCAGCAGACUUCUGCAAGAGGUGUCAGAAACUGAGAGGGAAGAUCUGGAAGAGUCAGAUAAGGUGCAGCAUUGGGUGGAGAGGCUCUGUCAAACCAGACUAGAGCAAAUCUCCUCAGUUGAAAAUGAUUCUCCAGAGAUGUCUCCAACUCGUUCUCCAGUGUCAACUGGUCCCACCAAUCGGAGGUUCCCUGGAGGCUUGACCUUGGCCACUACUGACCUUGAUGACAUCAACUUAGAUGAUGUGGACCAGAGUCUAAGGCAUCCUUUGAAAAGACUAGCCCCGACUCCACCUACAUCCAACCAAGCACCCACUCCCUUACCACUCCCUCCACCCUCACCCCGACUUUACCACACAUCCAACCAUCGACCUCCAUCUCCAAGAAUGCAGCUCCCAAUGCAACCCAGUCCCAGACCAACCCCUCAACACCCACCUUCUCCACUAGCCACAAGGGUACCCCCUUCCUCAAUAGGUCGUAGCCGGCAACCCCCAGCCACCCCACUAUUCUCCUCCAGGGGUCUGUCCUUAUCUCAGCCACCUCCCCCGCCACCACCUCCUCCCCCUCCACCACCACCGCCUCCUCCUCCACCACCUCCUCCACCCCUGCACAUGGAGGACAAGUACCAUGUGGGGCCGUCCAACUAUCCCCGCUCCCCAAGCUUAUCCGAACAGGGAAGCAGGUUUGGGGACAAAGGUUACCGACAGAGAGGGGGCUUCCACUCCACCAUUCCCAGUCAUCUCUCACGCCCACCCAGCCCGAAGGCUGACCACAACUUGACGGUGAUGAGAAACACAUCACAUGCUAGUAGGACGUCCACCUCUAAUAAUCCACUGCGAAUUGCCCCCAGCCCUCCAAACCAGCGGAGACAGAUCAACCCUGUCAUGUCCAAACCUGUCAUGCUACCGAGUCAGACCUCACAUAGACCCACACUUCGCUCUGAGACCAUGCCCCCAGAGAUGCUCAAACGGAUGGUCACAUACAACACGUCCUUUAAAUCCAGCAAGAAACAAGGAUUUCAGAAAUAUGUGGAUGAUUUUGAUCCAUAUUCCAUGUUCACGGCUGAACAAAUAGCUGGCAGAGAUGUGCGACUUUUGAGAAUUAAGAAGGAAGGAAAGCUUGAUCUGGCCAUAGAGGGAGGAAUUGACUCCCCUUUGGGAAAGAUUAUGGUGUCGUCCAUCUAUGAGGGAGGUGCGGCAGAUAAACAUGGUGGUGUUGUGUCAGGUGAUGAGAUCAUGGCUGUGAAUGGAAAGAUCCUGACAGAUGUGACUUUAGCUGAAGGACAAACCUCAUUGGCUCAGGCCUGGAACAGUGGAGGGGAUUGGAUUGACCUGGUCAUCGCGGUCUCUCCACCAAAGGAAUAUGAAGACGAAGUCCCUAACGCAGCAUCAGUCAGACCCACUGCAAAGAAAAAGGUUUUCCAAGGCAGUGCCCCUGUGUACAGACAGGGCUACGUCCUUCAGAUGAGGACCCCCCAUCCCCCAACAUGAUCGCCACUAACCCAGUGGACAUUCUUUUAAAACCCAACAUUGCAUCAGAGCAACGGACCACAGGGAGAAUCAAUAGCCAUUCCUUAGUAGUAAUUUUGCAAAAAGCAAAUAAUUUAGUAUCUGUGUUGUAAAUGAAAUGCAGUUAUUCACAUCAUUUAUAAAUCAGGCAUCUGUGUUUUAGAAAUACAUAAUACUCUCUUUUAGGCUAUAUUGUUAUCAUUUGCAAAACA